GAUCGAUUGUAAAUCUCGGCAGAAGUGACCAUUCAACUGUAGUAGCAGCAAUGUUUAGAUUGACCCGAAGCAUCACUCUUGUAAGGCCGCUGCUUUCCAAGAGAUUCCACGCCAGUGCAAUUGCACGCUUUCCAAAGAAAGAAACCAUAGAGCAUCGCACGAGAGAGCUGGAGCAUGAGAUAAGGCUAAUUGAAGAGAAGCUUAAAAAUGAAAAAUCUGUCAAGACGACAGCUGGGGAUAACCUAACCGAAGAAGAACUUUCGCAAAUCUACUCAGAGCUCACUGCAGCAUCCGAAAGACAAUCCGUAAUGCAGCCUAAAAUCAGCGCUGACUAUCUCGAGAAUUUGCGAGUCAAGUUUCUGGAUACUCGGCCAGCAGCCGCUAAAGCCAUUGCACAAGCCAGCUCAAGCGACACUUCAACUUCCUCGGAAACUAGCAGCCUCAUACAAGCAGCCGGCCAACAAGAUGCCCUUACUGGUCAUAGCGAAAAAACAAUGACGGCUAAGGAUUUCGAUCAGUUGCUGUAUGCCAAUGCGGUUACACAUCGAUAUAACGAAGCAGAAAAGCUUUUGGAGCUUAUGCCGACAUACGGCGUACAACCUACUACUAGAUCAUUCAACCAUGUCAUUGACGCAUAUGCAAAUGUUAACGAUUCAGAAAAUGCCAUCAAGGUCUAUAAAUCUCUCAGAGAAGCGGGAGCCGUCCCUGACAUCUACACAUUUGGUGCGUUAGUCAAGUCAUUUGUCAACAGUAACCGAAUCGAUGAUGCCUUUGUACUGUUUGAAAAAAUGAAGUCUGCUGGAUUGGUUCCACCUGAGCCAAUCUUUGCGAAAUUAAUUGCAGGAUGUCUACGUUUAAACAACACUGCAAAGGCAUGGGAGAUUUUUGACGAGAUGCAACUCAAAUAUCACAAACCAGAUGAAGUUACUUACACCUUAAUGAUACACGCUUGUGCCAAGAACGAUGAAGUAGAACGUGCUUUGAAUUUGUUUGAGGAAAUGCCCAACCGUGGAUUAUACCCGACGGAUGUCACGUUUAACACGUUGAUUAAUGCCUGCGUCCUACGCACAGACUAUUACCAGGAAGCAUUCAAUCUACUGAAUCAAAUGCAAGAAGUCCAUGGCUUUAAGCCCGAUCGUAUUACCUAUAACACUUUGCUGCAUGGGUGUGCAAAGAACAAGGAUUUGACAAGGGCACGAAAUAUUUAUAGGUUGAUGCUGGAGACGACUGGCGAGCCAGAAGCUCAUCAGCAACUAACACCAGACGAUAGAACGUAUAGCAGUCUCUUAUGGACCUAUGCCAACUACCGCCCACCAAAAAGAAACGCUGAAUCCUCCGUACUUAAUGAAGAAUCACAUAAUUCACUGGUGCCGACUGAUGGAACCCCUCUUUACCCACAACUUCCUGUCAACCGUCGAGAGCUGCUAGCUGAAGCUCAAGCCAUCUUUUCACGUGCGCAAGAAAGCACAGCCAUAAGUCCAUCGAUCAUGAAUGCCUAUCUUGGCGUUCAUGUUGCACAUCAUCAAGCCGAUGAGGUUGUGAACAUCUAUCAAGACAUGUUCGAAAAAUUAAACGUCGCACGCAAUGGAUAUACCUUUAAACAUGUACUGGACCACUGCUAUCGUACCAAAAACAUUGAACUCGCAUACAAGGUAUGGGACGAUAGAGAAGAAUGGCUGGAUAAUAUGCGACAACAAUAUCACCAAGAUGAAAAGGAUGCACAGGCAGUCGUUAGAAAGAAGCAAACCGACCAAGCUAUCAGUCAAGCCGACCACGGCUGGACCAUUGCGGAUCAAAAAGCAGCUGUACUGUUGAUGGCCAAUACAAUGUCACGAUGUAAUGAUAUCGACGCCGCUCUAAAUCUCCUUCGAACUCACUUUAGUAAGGGUUCACCACUGGGAACUGUCGCUUUGGCGGAUUUGAAGACAACCUACAACAAGUGCAUUCAGUUGGAUGACGAGGAAGGUCGUCAGAUGUUGCUCGAUAUAUGCCCACCAGAUAGAAGCUUGACGGCGGAAAAGACACGUUUGCUCGCCAAAAAAUGGGGUACCUCCCAGAACAAUCAAAGAUGGAACUCGAAACAUCGUUAAUCAAUCCUCGCCGCUCUAUGGAAUUGCCCCUCCCCCUGCUAUCAUUAUGUUCACUCACUGUACAAAUAUCAGCAUAUCAUACACUUCACUGUAACAUCAAAAAUAACACUCCUCAUGUUUUCUCAUUUAUUCUACAAUAAAACUCAAUU